CGUGCACAGCUGCACCGCGUGAACCCCAAGCGCUAUCGCAGCCGCCUGCUGCUCGACCGCCGCGCCAGCCCCACGCCGUCGCCCUCCGCCGACCACCCGCGCCAGCUCCCGCAGCUCCCACCUCUAUCUCGCACCUGUACGCGCGCGUCCAUUGCGCCACUGGACCACCGACAAAAUCGCCGCGCCUCACGCCUCCGUCCGCCGACCCAGGACCGCCGCCGAGCCCGCGACCUGCACCAUCGGUUCAAUCACCCGGCCCACCUCUCGCGCGGUCACGGGCUACGAGCGCGAUGGAGACAGACGACGAGACGCCUGUGAGGCGUACGACAACGCCGCUCGGUCGGCUCGAUGAUCAACGGGCAGGGUUCUCGAUCCACUCGCACGCUCAACCUUCUCCACCCCUCGGCAAGGUCGUCAAACCCGUCCUCGAAGCCGCGCCUCGCCCUCGACCAUCGCCCAAGUCGGCCGGCAGCGCGUCUUUGCCCGCCCUCACGCGGUACGACAGCUGGGAGCAGCUCCCGCGACCGUCGGCCGACACGUACGGUCGAGGUGGGCACCCGUCGAGCGGCGCAGUGCGGCGGGCGAGUACACGGCGCAUCGUCGAGGACGAGGCCGACGAGGGCGGGCCGUUCUCCGACUUUGCGCGCAAAGACGGGAGCUGGAGCACCCGGAGCGAGACGAGCUCGACCGCCGCGUACACGCCCUACGGCGACUGGCGGCGUCGAGGCUCCGAGUUCUCGACGUCGUCCGUCCUCUCGUCGCACUCGCCACAGUCGCACACGUUCCCGCCUCGGCGCAGCAGCACGGCGACGAGCUUCAAGGGCACGAUCGGCCACGAGUCGACCACGUCGUCGAUGCCGCUCCUGCGCCGCCACGGCACGCGCGAGAGCCUCGCCGACAGCGAGUCGCCGUCGAGGGGCACGAGCGGCGGCGGCGGCGGCGGGUCGGCGGGCGGUGCGGGUACGCCGACGACGCGGCGGCACCGCGACAGCACGGCGAGCUUCUCGCAGUCCGAGUCGUCGUCGCUGCACUCGUACCCGCCCAAGCCGCGACAGCGCACCGGGUCGCUCACGAUGGGCGUCACCGAGAACGACUUUGCGACCGGCCACAUCCAGCGACGAGGUAGCGCAGAUUCCCGCACCGACGCCUGGCCGAGCUACGUCGGCAGCACGCCCAUCGCCAAGCCGUCGCCGAGCUACCAGUCGGCCCUGUCGUCCUACUCGUUCCCGGCCAUGCCGUUUCGCGCCCUCGGCAUGCCCGCGCCGCCGAGCGCCUACAACCCGCUCGCGCCGCUGCGCAAACGCCUCGCGCGGUCCCUCGCCGUCACGGUCGGCGCACGAGAGCUGCACACCGAGGUGCAGCUCCUCCUCGAGCUCAUCGACGCGCUCGAGACCUGCAUCGCGACCUUUGGGCCGUCACGAGCCGACUGGUCCGGCCCUCGGCGGGCGUCGACCGACUCGGCGGCGUCGAGCGUGCAAGGGCUCGCAGGCGCCAAGACGCCCCUCACGAGCGUGGCUGCGUCGCCGACGCCGACGACGGCCGAGGCCGACAAGGUCGCCCUCGUCGACGAGGUGCGCCUCCUCGUCAGCGAGGUCGUCGAGCUCGUCCCGGCCGCUCAACGGUGCCUCACCGAUGGCGGCUACGGCCCCCUCGCGGCGCCGGCGCCGUCCGUCUCGACCCGGGCGCUCCUCGAGGCGCUCGAGCACCCGUCGCCGCCGCAGCUCGUCGCCGACCCCGAGUGGUGGCCGCGCAAGCUCGCGCGCGACUGCCGCUCGCUCCUCGACGAAGCGGGCCUGCCGACGGGGCAAGGGAGCGCGACGCAGACCGUGUGGGCGCUCGCGACGAGGCUGAGCGAGGAGGCCGACGCACGGCCCUCGCCCUCGAGCGUGGCUCCGCCCGCGUCGUCGCCGACCUCGCCGGCUUCCUCGAGCGCGUUCGAGCCUCGUGGGACUCGCAGCAGUGGGCCGGGCCCGGCGCUGUCGGACGCGAGGCGGGACGAGCUGCUGUUGCAGGGCAAGGCGAGGUGGGAGGAGUUCCGCGAGCGGCAGAGUCACCUCGAGCACUUUGCGCCUGCCCCUGUGUAGCGGCCCUUUGAGCAGUGCGACUGCAUUGCAAGGCUGUCCCCACGGCUUGCGGCGUUCGC